AUGCUGUCAAUGGAUCGCCAGGUUCACCGCCAACAGAGACCAUUUUCCUCCUCUCCCAUCCGCCGAGACGAGAACGAGAGUGAGGAGCGCAAAUGGUCUACGCCGCUGGCCAAACAGCUGGCCGACGCGAUAUCCAUCACAGGACCCAUACCACUCGCAAGCUUCAUGCGCAUGUGCCUGACAUCGGACAUUGGCGGCUACUACACCGGCGCCCUGGCCGACACGGGCCGGGACCCAUUUGGCCGCACGGGUGACUUUGUCACAUCGCCCGAGGUGUCGCAGGUGUUUGGCGAGCUGGUGGGCAUCUGGUUUGUGGCCGAGUGGAUGGCGCAGGGCCGGCCGGCCGCGGGUGUCGAGCUGAUUGAGGUCGGGCCCGGUCGCGGCACGCUGAUGGACGACAUUCUGCGGACGAUCCGGCACUUUGGGCUGGCCAAGAGCCUGGAGGCGGUGUACAUGGUGGAGGCGAGCGCACAGCUGCGGGCGGCCCAGAAGAACCUGCUGUGCGGGCCGGACGCCGAGCUGACGGAGUCCAAGGUGGGCUACCGCGGCGUGGGCAAGCACGGCGUGCCGAUUGUCUGGACCGAGACGAUCCAGUCGAUCCCCAAGAGUGAGUCCAUCAACGUGCCCCGAGCAACGUAG